AUGAAACACUUUUUAUCACUCGCUCUUUGCUUCAGCAGCAUCAAUGCUGUAGCUGUCACCGUCCCUCAUAAGGUCGCAGGGACUGGAAAUCCUGAAGGGAGUCUUCAGUUCCUGAGUCUUCGGGCCUCAGCACCUAUCGGGAGCGCAAUUUCUCGCAACAACUGGGCCGUCACUUGCGAUAGUGCACAGUCGGGAAACGAAUGUAACAAGGCCAUUGAUGGCAGCAAGGAUACCUUUUGGCACACAUUCUAUGGCGCCAACGGAGAUCCAAAGCCCCCUCACACAUACACCAUUGACAUGAAGACAACGCAGAACGUCAAUGGCUUGUCUAUGUUACCCAGACAGGAUGGCAGCCAAAAUGGCUGGAUCGGUCGCCAUGAGGUUUACCUAAGCUCAGAUGGCACAAAUUGGGGCAGCCCUGUCGCAAGUGGAAGUUGGUUCGCCGACUCUACUACAAAAUACUCCAACUUUGAAACUCGCCCUGCUCGUUAUGUUCGUCUCGUCGCUGUCACUGAAGCGAAUGGCCAGCCUUGGACUAGCAUCGCAGAGAUCAACGUCUUCCAAGCUAGUUCUUACACAGCCCCCCAGCCUGGUCUUGGACGCUGGGGUCCGACUAUUGACUUGCCGAUUGUUCCUGCAGCUGCAGCAAUUGAGCCAACUUCAGGACGAGUCCUCAUGUGGUCUUCAUACCGUAAUGAUGCAUUUGGAGGCUCCCCUGGCGGUGUCACUUUGACGUCUUCCUGGGAUCCAUCCAGCGGUGUUGUUUCCGACCGCACUGUGACAGUCACCAAGCAUGACAUGUUCUGCCCUGGUAUCUCCAUGGAUGGCAACGGUCAGAUCGUGGUCACGGGUGGCAAUGACGCCAAGAAGACCAGUUUGUAUGAUUCAUCUAGCGAUAGCUGGAUCCCGGGACCUGACAUGCAAGUGGCUCGUGGGUAUCAGUCAUCAGCUACCAUGUCAGACGGUCGUGUUUUUACCAUCGGAGGCUCCUGGAGCGGUGGCGUAUUUGAGAAGAAUGGUGAAGUCUAUAGCCCGUCUUCAAAAACAUGGACGUCGCUGCCCAACGCCAAGGUCAACCCAAUGUUGACAGCUGACAGGCAGGGAUUGUACCGUUCAGACAACCACGCGUGGCUCUUUGGGUGGAAGAAGGGUUCAGUUUUCCAAGCAGGACCUAGCACUGCCAUGAACUGGUACUAUACCAGUGGAAAUGGUGAUGUGAAGUCGGCCGGAAAACGCCAGUCUAACCGCGGUGUAGCCCCUGAUGCCAUGUGCGGAAACGCUGUCAUGUACGACGCCGUUAAAGGAAAGAUCCUGACCUUUGGCGGCUCCCCAGACUAUCAAGACUCUGACGCCACAACCAACGCCCACAUCAUCACCCUCGGUGAGCCUGGAACAUCUCCCAACACUGUCUUUGCUAGCAAUGGCUUGUACUUUGCCCGAACAUUUCACACCUCUGUCGUUCUUCCAGACGGAAGCACAUUCAUUACGGGAGGCCAACGACGUGGAAUUCCGUUUGAAGAUUCAACUCCCGUCUUUACACCAGAGAUCUACGUUCCUGAACAAGACACCUUUUACAAGCAGAACCCCAACUCCAUCGUUCGCGUCUAUCACAGUAUUUCCCUUUUGUUACCCGAUGGCAGGGUAUUUAACGGAGGCGGAGGUCUUUGCGGCGAUUGUACGACGAACCAUUUCGACGCGCAGAUCUUUACGCCAAACUAUCUUUACAACAGCAACGGCAAUCUCGCGACACGUCCCAAAAUCACCAGAACUUCCGCACAGAGCGUCAAGGUCGGUGGCAGGAUCACAAUGUCGACCGACUCUUCGAUUACAAAGGCGUCGUUGAUUCGCUAUGGUACAGCGACACACACGGUUAAUACUGACCAGCGCCGCAUUCCCCUGACUCUGACGAAUAAUGGAGGAAAUAGCUAUUCUUUCCAAGUUCCUAGCGACUCUGGUGUUGCUUUGCCGGGUUAUUGGAUGUUGUUCGUGAUCAACUCGGCGGGUGUUCCAAGUGUGGCUUCGACGAUUCGCGUUACUCAGUGA